AUGGCUGCGGAGGAGUUGUCGGAGGGCGGCAUGACCGACAUCAUCCGUGCCCUGCAGCUCAUUCACAACCCCACGUCGUCAAACGAACUCCGGAAAGAGGCCUCGCAAUUUGUCGAAGCACUGAAGGAGACCGACGCCGCCGCGCGUAAUGGCUUCCUGCUGGCCUCCCGCACCGAACACGAGCCUGUGGUCCGGUACUUCGGCCUCACCCUCCUGGACCAUGUCCUUCGCCAUAUGUCCUUCACCACCUCCGACGAGGCUACGAGCUUGCGAUCGAUGAUCCUACAACUCGCCGAACACGUCCGACCCGAAGACCCUGCCUACUUCCGCAACAAAAUCCCCCAGCUGUGGGCCGAGGCUGCUAAGAAGAGCUGGGGCCUGGAUUGGAUAGACAUGGAUGCCGCGCUGGUUCAGUUCUGGGGUGCUUCUCUUGUGCACAAGGAGCUGGUACUCUCCGUUCUUGAGACUCUGUCUGAGGACGUCUUCUUCCGUGAGGACAUUGUGUCGUCGCUGCGGGGUGGUGAGCUCAACCGGGCACUCGUUGAGAUCUUCACCCCUGCGGGUAUUGUCGAUCAAAUCACCUCGGACAAAGUCGCUCCUACAGUUCAGCGAUGUGGAGAGGAAGGCUGGUUGGUCCGGAUCUGCGAGUUCCUCGACAAUUGCGUUCAAAAUGUGUCGAGUUCGGAACAGGCCCGGGAUGCGGCUGUGAAAGCGCUGGCAACUUUGAGAUCUGCAUUGUCAUGGUCCAUCUACAAAGCUGUUAUCGCUUCUGGGGCCGUCUCUAGCAUUUUCCGAGCUUUACCUUGUCAAGAUGACCAAGUGCUUUUGGGAGCCAUUGAAGCGCUCCAUGCGCUGUACGGACGGAACAAUAUCGGCUGUGAGGAAUCCCAUGGCUUAAUCUGUCUCAUCUUUGAAACCGACUAUCUUGUUGUUUUACAGAGACUGUAUGAGUGGUCUGUUGUGGGCCCAGACGAGGUCGAUGAGCCUAAAUACCUGAUCUCCAAGAAGCUCUCCGAGAUGGUUUCUUACGUCGCUGGGUGCUUGGAAGACCAAAGAUUCCUCAGAGAUACCAUGAACCGUUUGAAUCUUCCUCCGUUCUUGCAAUUCAUGAUCAACAUCAUGCAGCAUCAAAGCUUGACAGUGUCCAUACCUUGUCUCCAUUUGUGGUCUAAGCUGUUAUUGAUUUCCAAGAUCAGCAACAUGGAAUUUGUGCAGGAGCAGACACCCCAGUUUCUCAACAUUUGUACCUCAAGACUGAUCCGCUGGGAGUCUCUUCCUACCGAUGCUGAUGAUCCCACGGUGCAGUUCCUGGUUGAGGACAUUGACACGACACCAGAGAGGCAUGCAUUUGUUGGAAAUUACCGACGCUAUUGUUCUUCGAUUAUUGAGACGAUUGCCUUGAAGAGACCCCAAGAGGCAGUGCGCGAAAUUUUGGGCCGUGUGGAUGGUAAUUUGGACAACUUGUAUAGUGGUGUCCAACCAUUCAGCAUGGAAACUUUCAGCAAAUCCUCUAUUCCUCUCAUGCGAGCCGAUGCCCAAUUCGCAGUUGUGGAGGCCGUUAUCAAGGGCUACAACAAGUGGGUUUCAGCCCACGGAAAGGCGCCUCAACAUGAUGAGUCUCAGCGGAUUGAAUUGGAACAUGCCGUGGAAAACUGGGCAUCAAGCAUGAUGCAGAGAUCUUAUGAGGAUCCGGUGAUGAAACAGAAAGUCAUCAAAUUGGUUGUCGAUAUUUCUUCAAAGGCUUUGGACAGUCAUCCAGGCUUUGCCCUCAAGGUCCUGGAGCACAUCCUUUUGACCCGUCUGCCAGAUCGACCUGAGUAUCCAUUAUACUCAGAGGCAAUCAAGGAACUUCAUGGACUUGCAAGCCAUGAGCUUCGCCGCUUAGCUAUGCGUUAUUCCGACUACUUCGCUUCAUUCUAUGACUUGCUUGAGCCGAAGAUCAGAGAAAUCACGUUGGCCAACCGCGUGGAUGAUAAGUUGCAGAUGGAACUUACAUCCAUUUUGCUCAUCAUCAUGCAACGUGCAAACAAUGUCGAUGGUUACUUGCGUCAGAGCCGGCUUGCGUCUUUCCUGCAACCUAUCAGGGAGGCAUGGCAAGACGAGCAAUUCCGUCAAAGCAGCUCAUCAUUUCCGGGAUUUUGUAACAUGCUUGGUCUGGAGAAUGUUGGCCCAUACAUGCAAUCCAAACAAGCACAAAAAUUGGAAGAUUGGUCAUUGGUCGAAUUGGAUAACGAGGGAAAGGCCGUCCAAGAGGAGAUGACCCGAAAGUUCCAGUUGUUGCCAUUGCGUGGCACCAAGACUAUGCUUGCUGUUUCAACUGACCGACUGAAGAAAACUGCUCAAGCUUAUGUGGUUGCUUGUGAGAUGUGGCACGAACUGAUUCCUCUGAUCCUUCCGACUUUGCUUCAGCUCGUCAGCCAUGCUCACGCUUUCCACAAUCCCGUCAAUUGGAAUAUGGUCGAAGGCAUGCAACCAGUUGUGGAACGUAUCCUGACUGACCGAUUUUGGCAAGCUGGUAUCUCUAGCGGCAGUCGUGAUGAGUUCUAUGCCCGAAUCACCUCAUCCAAGUCCACAUUGGAAGGAUUUGCAUCAUCAGUUCGAGGCAAAGUUAGAGCGGUCCGCGAAGCAUGCUACUCCAUGCUGUUCAGCAUGAGUAGGAUGCGAGAGCACUUCUACGGAUUCGCAGAACUCCCUGGCCCUCUAGCCGAGGCCUUGUUUGUUGACUCACCACAUCUAUCCUCUCAUCAGUUUUCUGUUCUUCUGAACAUCUCACGCUGUCUGAUCGAUGAUUGCCCCGUGCGAUUCCGCAGUCAAUUCUUGCCUCCGAUGCUUUCUACUCUAUUCACCAACAUCGACCGCAAAGUCACCACCGAAUGGGAAAUCAUUGAACAGCGCAGGGACGGAAUUUCGGACGGAGAUCUCACCACCGAGAUGAAGUCAGAAAGCGUCCUGCGCCAGUUAACAUACUCUGCUGUGAUCAUGGUAGCCAGCCUAUUCGAUCCGCAAAGAGGCGAUCCUGAUGGGACUGAAACAGACCCCAGUGCACCUCAGCCUACCCCGGAGCUCUCUGACUCCAUUCGCCAUUUUGUACUCUCUUCCCCUGAGAUAUUUGAGCCCGUCAUGCUCUUCUGUACCCACGCUCUUCGCAUGCGCGAUACUCGUUGCUGCAGUAUCAUUACUCGUGUCAUCCGAUCCAUUCUUCAAGACUUUGCACCCCCAAACAACACACCUACUACCGCAACCAUUCGUGAGUUCAUUUGUACCGAGGUUCUCAAGGCUUGUAUUACAUCUGUACAUGAAUCCUACUUUGUCGACAUGCAAAAAGACCUUGCUCAACUGAUUGCAUCCAUCUGGGUCCUCUACGGCUUCUGCAGCGAGACCCCUCGCGCCGUUUUCUUGAGCUUGCCAGGAAUCACCGAAGAGAAGGUUGCCCACACCGAAGCUACGCUCCACCGGUGCACUUCUCCACGUCAGCAGCGUGCAUUGAUUCUUGAGCUUCUCGAGCCACUGCGUGGUAUCAGUGUCGCUGAACAAGGCAAGAUUUUGGGCUCCCGCGAGGAGCGCCGUAAGGCUCGUUCGGCCUUGCAAGAGAGAUACAUGACCAAUGAGAUGGAGACUCAGCAGCAGAAUCACCGUGUCGAUAUCAAUGAUGGUCCCGAUCUUGGUGGCGUUGCUGACCUCUUUGGGUGA